AUGUCGCACGACCGCCCUGUCAGGCAGGCCACCCCCACCAACUCUCGGAGGGAGCUGGCCAGAGCGCCAAGCUUCGGCACAGAGGUCAGGGAUGGCGAGCCUGGUCGCCCCGUCAAUUUUCGAGGCAUUCCAAGCUGGUUUAACCGACGACCACUGAAUGAGAAUAAAGUUCCAUGGUCUCUUUUUACCCAAAUUGUGAAUGCUGCACUGGGGGACGUCCGCACGGACUGUUGUGACCAUUGUGAAUAUAUCGCCUAUCACGACCUGGCUACCAGCGUGGGAUAUGCCGACUACAGACGGUGGAAGGCUGAGGAGGCGGUGGAUUCACCCGGCGGUGAGACCGCUGAAAAGGCUAAAAAGGAGUCGGUCGUGAUCUUGGAAGGAGAUGUGCCGAAACGUGGUCUGCCUGGACAAUAUGCGACCUUCUCCUCGGACUCUGAGAUGGAAGACCACACAGCAAUCAAGCCCAGCCAAGCCAAUGCAGAGUGGGCGGGGGGCGGGGCUCCCUCUGCCGGCUGCCUCCGCCCCGCAGAAACCGAGGCCAGCGAGUCCCACAUCCUAGAGGGGGCGCCGGGGAAGCGGGUGGGGGGAGGGGAAAGCCCGUGGGAAUGGCGGCCUUUGUCGCUCUCGCCCUGCAGCUCCUUCCGAAUGUGGGGUCCAUCCGUGAAGACGGAAGCUAAGUUCUGUGAGAUGGAAAGAGCUCCGUCAGAGGAACGGCAGCAAGCCCAGCCACAGGAACAUGCCCAAAAUGCCCUCUCAUGCGGAAUUGAAGAGACAGUGUUGAUCCAUUCUUUUUGUGGAGGAAUGGAAACAGCUGCUGCACCUCCAGUCAAGUUUCCAAUUUCCUUUGAGGAUGUGGCCGUCUAUUUCACUGAGGCAGAGUGGGCCCUGCUGGAUCCACACCAAAGAGCUCUCUGCGGGGAAGUCAUGCUGGAGAACUACGUGAGCACGGCAUUUCUGGAAGCUCAAGUAGAGGAGAUGGUUGGGGGAUUCCAAGGGUUCUCUUCGGAAAAAGCGAAGAAUGAAGACGCCAAAAGAAACUUCAGGGAUGGAGAUGGACCACAGAGGCAGGAAGGAAGCCACACAGCCAAGAGGAAGGAUAAGUCAGGGGAUGAUCAGUGGAAUGAUGGUGAUGAGGAAGUGCAUCAGCUUUUCACAGAUAAAGUGAAGCAUGAAGAUUUGAAAGGAAACUUCAGGAAUCAAGGAGGACUAAAGAGGCAGAAAGGAAGUCAUAUGGUCAAGAAGAGUGAUAAACCCAUUCCAGGGCAAGGAACCCACACAGGGGAGAAACCUUUUGAAUGCUCCGAGUGUGGAAAGAGAUUCAGUCACAGUGCCAAUCUUAAAAAGCAUUUAAAAACCCACACAGGGGAGAAACCUUUUCAAUGCUCAGAGUGUGGAAAGAGAUUCACGCAGAAUGGCACUCUUAAAACACAUCAAAGAAUCCACACAGGGGAAAAAUCUUUUGAAUGCUCAGAGUGUGGAAAGAGAUUCAGUCAAAGUGGCCAUCUUCAAACACAUAAAAAAAUCCACACAGGGGAGAAACCGUUUGAAUGCUCAGAGUGUGGAAAGAGAUUCAGUCUCAGUGCCAUUCUUAAAAAGCAUUUAAGGACCCACACAGGGGAGAAACCUUAUGAAUGCCCGGAGUGUGGAAAGAGAUUCAAUCGAAGUGGCAAUCUUCAAACACAUAAAAGAAUCCACACAGGGGAGAAAUCUUGUGAAUGCUCAGAGUGUGGAAAGAGAUUCAGUCACAGUGCCAUUCUUAAGGAGCAUCAAAGAACCCACUCAGGGGAGAAACCUUAUGAAUGCCCAGAGUGUGGAAAGAGAUUCAGUCAAAGUGGCCAUCUUCAAACACAUAAAAGAAUCCACACAGGGGAGAAACCGUUUGAAUGCUCAGCGUGUGGAAAGAGAUUCAGUCGAAGUAGCAAUCUUCAAAUACAUGAAAGAAUGCACACAGGGGAGAAACCGUUUGAAUGCUCAGAGUGUGGAAAGAGAUUCAGUCUUAGUGCCAGUCUUAAAAUGCAUUUAAGAACCCACACAGGGGAGAAACCUUUUCAAUGCUCACAGUGUGGAAAGAGAUUCAGUCGAAGAGACUAUCUUCAAACACAUAAAAGAAUCCACACAGGGGAGAAAUCUUUUGAAUGCUCAGAGUGUGGAAAGAGAUUCAGUCGAAGUGGCAAUCUUCAAAUACAUGAAAGAAUCCACACAGGGGAGAAACCGUUUGAAUGCUCAGAGUGUCGAAAGAGAUUCAGUCACAGUGCCAGUCUUAAAAAGCAUUUAAGAACCCACACAGGGGAGAAACCUUUUCUAUGCUCAGAGUGUGGAAAGAGAUUCAGUCAAAGAGACCGUCUUCAAACACAUCAAAGAAUCCACACAGGGGAAAAAUCUUUUCAAUGCUCAGAGUGUGGAAAGGGAUUCACUCUGAAUGUGAACACCUUUGCUUGA